UCAUGUGAUUCAGUGAUUCAUGUGAGCAACAAGACUGCUCCGUCAGUAAACAUCGCAUUCUACUGCCUUAUUAUACGUGCUUUUGCCACAAACAUAGUUUGUGUGCGUAAUUUAAUAUGUGUUUCUGCAAUUGACACUGAUCAAAAACAUCUGCUUUCGGAAUUUAUCGCUAUUGGAACCAUAAUGGCGGAAGUGCAAGAAAAGGAUAAAAAGCCAAGCGAGGAAUGUACUGAUGAGUCUGAGGAGGAGGACAGUGAGGAGGAGGCCAAGUUAAAGUACGAGAGGCUCUCCAACGGGGUGACAGACAUCCUUAAGAAUGACGCAGCCAGCUGCAUGACCGUCCACGACAAGUUCCUGGCUCUAGGCACACACUUUGGAAAAGUUUAUUUGCUGGACAUCCAAGGAAACGUUACUCAGAAGUUUGUCAUUAGCUCGGUGAAGAUCAACCAGAUCAGUCUGGAUGAAAGUGGAGACCAUGUGGGCAUCUGCUCCGAGGAUGGAAAGGUUCAAGUGUUUGGCCUCUACACCAGAGAGGGCUUCCACGAGAACUUUGACUGUCCCGUCAAAGUGGUUGCCUUGCAUCCUCAGUUCAGCAGAUCAAACUACAAACAGUUUGUCACCGGGGGCAACAAGUUGCUUCUUUAUGAAAGAAACUGGUUAAAUCGCUGGAAGACUGUGGUUCUGCAUGAAGGCGAAGGAACGAUAACUAAUAUCCAAUGGAGGGCUAACCUGAUUGCUUGGGCCAACAACGUAGGAGUAAAAAUCUACGACAUCAGCACCAAGCAGCGGAUCACCAACGUGCUGAGGGAUAACGUCAGUCUGAGGCCGGACAUGUACCCCUGCAGUUUGUGCUGGAAAGACAACACCACUCUGAUUGUGGGAUGGGGGACUUCCAUCAAGAUUUGUGCCGUGAAAGAGAGAAAUCCAACAGAAAUGAGAGAUCUGCCCAGCCGCUAUGUGGAAAUUGUAUCUGCAUUUGAGACGGAGUUUUUCAUCAGUGGUUUGGCUCCGUUAGUAGAUCAACUGGUCGUCUUGUCCUUUGUGAAGGAGAACACUGAGCAAAUGGAUGAAGAGGUCCGCGCACGACCUCGUCUUGACAUCAUCCAGCCUGUCCCUGAGAAUUACGAGGAGAUCUCCUCAGAUGCUCUGACUGUGCGCAACUUUGAGGACAACGAGUGCAGGGACUACCGCCUGGCGCAUGCAGAGGGAGAGCCGCUCUUUUACAUCAUCAGUCCUAAAGACAUCGUUGUGGCCAAAGAGCGGGACCAGGACGACCACAUUGACUGGCUGCUCGUAAAGGAAAAGUAUGAGGAAGCACUGAUGGCUGCAGAGAUCAGCUUCAAAAACAUUAAGAGACACGACGUUCAGAAAAUCGGGAUGGCUUUCCUCACUCAUUUAUUGAAGAAAGGAGAAUAUGAGGUUGCUGCAAGAAAGUGUCAAAAGGUUCUUGGAAAAAACAUGGAGUUGUGGGAAAAUGAAGUCUACAGGUUCAAAGAAAUCGGGCAGUUGAAGGCAAUUAGUCAAUAUCUACCCAGAGGAGAUCUCCGGCUCAGACCAGCCAUCUAUGAAAUGAUUUUGCAUGAAUUUCUAAAAACUGAUUAUGAGGGUUUUGCCACACUGAUCCGAGAGUGGCCAGGAGAGCUGUACAACAACAUGGCUAUAGUUCAGGCCGUCAACGAUCACCUGAAGAGGGAUCCCUCCAACAGCACACUGCUCACCACUCUGGCAGAACUGUACACGUAUGACCAGCGCUAUGACAAAGCUUUAGAAAUCUACCUGAGACUGAGGCACAAGGAUGUUUACCAACUCAUCCACAAACAUAACCUUUUUUCAUCAAUUGAGGACAAAAUUGUUCUCCUCAUGGACUUUGACAAAGAAAAAGCAGUUGACAUGCUUCUUGACAAUGAAGAUAAGAUUUCUAUAGACAGAGUGGUGGAAGAGCUCGCUGGCAGACCUGAGCUGCUGCACGUUUAUCUCCAUAAAUUGUUCAAAAGAGAUCACCACAAAGGGCAAAAGUACCACGAGCGACAGAUCGGCUUGUAUGCCGAGUAUGACCGACCCAACCUCCUGCCUUUCCUCAGAGACAGCACACACUGCCCUCUUGAAAAGGCCCUUGAGAUUUGUCAACAGAGGAACUUUGUAGAGGAAACUGUCUUCCUACUCAGCAGGAUGGGAAACUGUAGAAGAGCUUUACAGAUGAUCAUGGAGGAGCUGGGAGACGUUGACAAGGCCAUAGAGUUUGCUAAAGAGCAGGACGACGGCGAGCUCUGGGAUGAUCUCAUCUCCUACUCUAUCGACAAGCCACCAUUCAUAACUGGCCUCCUGAACAAUAUUGGAACCCACGUUGAUCCGAUUCUGCUCAUCAACCGCAUAAAGGAGGGCAUGGAGAUCCCCAACCUCAGAGACUCUCUGGUCAAAAUCCUCCAUGACUACAAUCUGCAGAUUCUCUUAAGGGAAGGAUGCAAGAAGAUCCUUGUGGCUGAUUCCCUCUCCUUGCUCCAGAAGAUGCAUCGCACUCAGAUGAGGGGGGUCAGGGUAAAUGAGGACAGUAUCUGUGAGUCAUGCCAUGCUGCCAUAUUACCAUCAGAGAUGAGCAAGUCCUUCAGUGUCGUCGUGUUUCACUGCAGACACAUGUUUCAUAAGGAAUGUUUACCAUCACAGGGAACUAUCCCUGGACUGCAGUUUUGUAACAUUUGCAGCGCAAAGAGGCGAGGCCCUGGAAGUGGAAUUCUUGAAAUGAAAAAGUAACAGUUUUUGUUUUCACAGUGUUGUGAAAAAAAUGCUUUCUUCUGUCUAGAACUUCGCCUUCUCAGUACAGCCAUUCAUAAAAUACCCAUCGCACAUACAAAACUUCCUAUUAGUUGUAUAUUUACAUCAAAUAACUGUAAAUAUUUGUUCUGCUUCCCUCUAAUAAUAAUAAUAAAUAAAGUUGCAUAGAUGCUG